AUGGCUGUGGAGAGAGACAUCUUUGGUAUCUCAGGGCCGACAUAUCUUAAUCCUGUUAAAAGGAACUGCGAGAAUAAUAGGAGAUCUGUGGCUGCAUGUUUAGUUCAGGCUGUGUAUGUUUUGGAGAGAGACCGGCAACUAAACCGUCAAUCUAUUGACGCCGCAGCACCUCCUUGGUGGGAGUUCUUUGGUUUUGAGAUGAUCCGCAAGCUUGUCGAUGAUGUUGACUUGUCUAUAUUCGGUGCAAUAUUUGAAUUCAACCCUCCUUCAAGUAAAGAAGCUUCUGCCCGGGAUGCCCCUAGAUUUGUCAUUGCCUUCAGAGGCACCAUAACUGAGAAGGAAACUAUUUCUAGAGAUCUUUCCCUUGACCUCCAGCUCGUUCAAAAUGGUCUCCAUAAGACCUCAAGAUUUGCAAUUGCGAUGCAAGCUGUUCAAAAUGUAGCCUCAGCUUUCCCUGGAUCCCCAAUUUGGCUAGCUGGUCAUUCACUGGGUGCAGGUACGGCCAUCCUUACUGGCAGAAACAUGGUUAAGAAGGGUGCUCUUUUGGAUAGCUUUCUCUUCAAUCCACCGUUUGUCGCUGCUCCGAUAGAGGGAAUCAGGGAUGAGAGGGUAAAGCAUGGUUUCCGCAUUGCAAGAAGUGUUAUUACCGCGGGACUAACUAUUGCAAUGAAAGCAAAAACCGAGGGGAACAAUCAGAGGUCUGUUGCGGAAGAAUCAUUCAACAUUUUGUCAUCAUGGACGCCAUAUCUGUUUGUUAAUCCAGGAGACCAUGUAUGUUCAGAGUACAUUGGGUACUUCCAGCAUCGUAGGAACAUGGAGGAUCUCGGUGCUGGAUUUAUUGAGAAGCUUGCGACCCAAAACUCAAUCGGAGACCUGUUUUACAAGGCAUUAGGAUGGGAAUCAGAACCGCUGCACCUUCUUCCAUCUGCAGACUUGAUUGUAAACGUGAGCCCUUCACUGGACUUCAAAUAUGCCCAUGGCAUUAGCCAAUGGUGGCAACCGGAUCUGAAUUUGCAAUGCAAUAAAUAUCGGUACUCUUAG